GAUUGGCUGCUGUUCAUAGACACAUACAGUCACGGGCUUGAAACAGAACCAGGGGCAGGUCGACAGCAAGGAAACCAUAAUCAUUGAAAAUGAAAAGUACAACGUCCGUAUCGUAACUCAAAAGGUUCUCUGGCCUACUACUGCAGCUGCGGCUGGGAUUUUCUUGAUCCACUUUCACAAUUUGGGAAAAAAGGUCAUUUCAGGCGCACAAACGAAGAGUUUUUAAUAUCAGUGGCAUUGACCAACAUGUAAAUGAUAAGAAACAGUGCCGUUAUGAUUCGCCCACAUGUGCAUACUCUCAGUAAUGCAGCACAUUGCCGUACCUGUCCACAGGUGCCUGAUCCACUAGAAAGUACAUGGAAAGCCCCACCAACCAGAAGACAGACACUUGGCUUUAACCCUGGCCCUUUCUGUCUCAUCUGUCUAUGGGUUAAAGUCUAAGUCCCUAAAGAAGCCUUAACGAUCCAACCUUUGGGAAUCAGGACCUGCCUCUGCCUGACAGGGACCCACAAGGCUUAUGGGACAGUGUGCACACAAGGAACUCAGAUGGGGGCGUGGUAGCCAGACUGGGUUGUUGAUAGAUCCGUCUCAAAAUGGAUGCAGCUUUGACUGACAGCUGCACAUCCCCACCCAGCCCUGAUUUUAGUCUGGACUCAUCCAGUCCUUUUGCAAAUGGACUGCACUUUGAGUCAAUUCUGUUUGAAGAUGAAGACGAGGAUGAAGUUAUGGAUCCAGAGACGGUGUCUCAGCUGGAAAGAGCCUCGUGUGGCUCAACAAAAGAACAUACAACAAAUACAAAUUUGAAGACAAAACUGGAUGUCAAAUCUAGAAGCAAAAUUUCAAAUGCUCGCUCAUCUCUGGGGCAAGAAGCUGUAUUUGAAGACAAGUCUACAAGUGAUUGUGGGCUUUCUUCUCUUGUGAGCAGGCCUGCUGGGAUUAUAAUGACAAAAAAAGUGAAAACAAAGGCUCUACCACCAGUGAAAUAUUUGGAGGGUGAAGUAAUAUGGGCUAAAUUCAACCGUAGACCAUGGUGGCCAUGUCAGGUGACUGUUCACCCAGUUGAGGGCGUUUACCACAGAAUUAAAGAGCCACCGGAUAGGAGCAAUCGUCAGUAUUUCCUCAAGACAUUUGGGGAACCUGAAGAACAGGCGUGGGUCCCUGAGCGAUCUACUCAUAUAUUUGUGGGUGGAUAUCAGUUUAACAAUCUCCCUUUUGUGAAAGGAAGUGGACGCCAACAAGACGAAAACGCCAGACACUCUAUACCCAAGCGUUUUCUGAACUCUUGGAGAGCUAGUGUGGUUGAAGCAGAAGCACUUCUCCUGGAGAAGCCAAGGGUCACCACUCUCUGCUCGGAGUUCACCAAAACAAUCUCUGAAGGAACUACAAAUAACACAGAAAACAAAGUUUCUGUGCCAGUGGAAUUACCCAACAUUACUCCUCUGACCAAUGGAACAGUUACACAAAAAGACCACCUGAAUACCUUACCACAUAAUCAGGGGUCUAAAACCAAAAAGAAACAGAGAAAGUCUUCAGCACAUUUGAAAAAACCAGAGGAAUUUCUUUGCGAGAAGGAUACGAUUAUGGAAGCGUUGGACAGUCCCUACUCUGACAUUGAUUCUGUACCACAGAUCCGAAGAUGUCCCAAAAACACUGAGCAAAUUUCGAAGCACUGCGCUGUUAAUAAUCAGUCAAACUCAACCUCAAGUCAACUUCCCAUUACAAAUGACAAAGAAGUAAAGAAGAACGUGGAGAACCAGGGUGGCCUUUGGUUCAGCAAAACAGGGAAAGGUCAAGUCAACGGGGGACUUAGUCGUGCUGGAAUUAAAUCUGUGAACUGUUCUUUUGGGAAGGUAUCUUGUAAAAUUAAGAUGCCAGAUUCCGCAAGCAUGAAACCCAAAGACAAUCACAUCACUGGAAUUGAACAUCUAUCUACCGAAGCCAGGAAAGCUCUCGAUAGGAGAGUGAAGUGCCUUCCAGCAAGUAGUCGCCUGAUGACAAGAGCACUGAAGGCGAUGGAAGAGGCAGAGUGGAUGAAAAAACAACUUAUAAACCAAGAGUCUGCAUCAAAUGUCGAGAACUGUGAAUCUUCUUCUAAUGUUACAAUGCCUGAAACAACAGAUGUGGACAACCAUGUCCCAUCACAGAAGAUGCCAACUACAGCCAGCUGUGAUUUGAAAGAACGCUCAAAGAGUAACAUACGCACUCAGCAAUCAUCAGAUCUUCUGAGUUGUAAAGACGAUGCAAAUUUAGUCAAAUCUGAAGAUGAAGCUUCUUUGAUAUCUCAAGAACCUGUUACCUUUCGUUCAUCCAAAUGCAAACAAGAGAGUCACGCUUCUGAUUCAUCUUCUAGUUCUACUCCAUCUUUGUGCUUAAAGAUGGAAGAUGUGGAAAACAUGAAAGAAAUAACCUUCAAAUCACUAACAAAUGAACAAAGUGGCCAGCCUUUGUCAUUUCAUCCUGAUGCAAACUAUAAGUUUAGCACAUUCCUAAUGAUGCUCAAGGAUAUGCACGAUAGCCGGGAAAAAGAUGGAACCGCAUUGGUAAUAGAACCGUUACCCAUAAAUGAACUUAUUAAAGAGGAGCCAUCACUGAUUCUGGACGUAAAGGAUGAGAUGAACACAGUGGAUACGCAAAAAUGUCAACUGGGCAAAAUCACACCAAAACAGAAAAUGAAGUCUGGGACAAAUAUGAUCCCGGAAAUUCAGCUAACCUCUACCAUUUCAAAAAAUGCUCAAAGACCAAGCAAAAAACAUUGUUCGAAAAAGAAAACCACUGAGAUUACAGCAAACAUCCCCUUGAAAGAUACAUUUGACAAACUGGUAUCUAAUCACCACCUGCCCUCAGAAGAACCAGGCUCCAAGUUCUCAGCAAAUGUGCCCAAAAAGCGUUGGCAAAGGUUUGACCAAGUCAGUAACAAAACGUUACAUGUAGUCAAAGGUACUAGCAUUCAACAAACCGAACAAUUAUCCUCAGAAAAUUGUGAUGUUUUGGUGGGUGAUACAAAUAAGUCUUGUCCUUUUGCGCCUGGGAAGGAAACUACCAUCAAUGCAUCUGAAGUUACUCAAGACAGCUGUCAAAAAAAUGACAUCCCAACAGAAUGCAAACGUAUUAGAAAACCUAGCAAAAGACUCAUAGAAUGGACAGAGGAAUACGAUCAAUUGUUUUCCACUAAGAAGAAAGCAAAAAAGAAACCUGAGUCCUUUACUAAGGUUGAAAACAACAACUGUAGUGGCCCAGUGGAGAAAACAUCUGGUGAAAGUAUACAGAAACCUCAGGUGACAGAACAAGGUGUGUCAAGACCCCUGCCAGAAUUACAGACUCCUCCUCCAGAAGACCUGUCUCGGAGCACUCCUUCAAUAAAUCCCACGCCAUGUCAAGAGAGACAGGUGUUGUCUGUAGACACACUAACUCCACCUCCAGAAACAAUCCCAUCCCCAUGUACUGAAAUUUGUCAUAAGGAGGAGCUUCAAAGACAAAAUGCUUUAGCCAUUGGUGAUGGUGUAUGUCUAAGCACAAAGAGACAACGGAAACCCACCAAAAAGAUUCUAGAAAGCGCCAUUGAAGCUGAACCAAUUCUUGUCCCUAAGAGAAAGGUGAAGUCACAGAAGAUUUGCUCAUCCGGACAAUCUGCAAAUUCAGGGAUGGGACAGCAGUCAUCAAAAAUUAAGAACAAGCUGUCUUUUGAGUCAGUUGACACACCAACUGCCCCAAUCCAAAAAGACACAGAGAUGGAGACAGAAGUUGCCCCUGCAAUGCCUCAUGCAGUUAACCCAGAAACAGCUGAGGAUGGCUCAGAGGAUCUCAAAUGCUCAGGUCCAGAGAUAGUUGAAUCUAGUGAUGGAUUGUGUUCUGAAAGAGAAGCAAAUUCACAACCUGAUGAAGGAGUCUCAGAUAAAAGGUUCUCAGGGGAGAAGGGUGGCAGCACUUUACUCAAGGAGAAUGUGUGUCAGGCAUGUGAGAAGCAAGGAGAUCUUCUUCUGUGUGAAGGGCAAUGCUGUGGGUUGUUCCAUCUACAGUGCACUGGCCUGAAUGAGCCUCCUGCAGGGAAAUUUUUAUGUCAGGAGUGCACGUCUGGUAUACACUCGUGCUUUUCUUGUAAGAGCAUGGGUGAGGACGUCAGGCGCUGUAUGCUUCCAGGAUGUGGGAAGUUCUAUCAUGGGGAGUGUGCUGCCAGCCAUGCACCCACAGUACCUCUGAACCGGGCUUUUCGAUGCCCUCUCCACGCCUGCUUGUCGUGUUUCAUCGCAAACCCUACUAAUCCAUCUGUAUCUAAAGGCCAGCUAACCCGCUGUAUCAGAUGCCCUGUGGCAUAUCAUGCCAAUGAUUUCUGCAUACCUGCUGGGAGUGUCACACUCACCGACAGCAACAUUGUGUGUCCCAAUCACUUCACACCAAGAAAAGGCUGCCGCAACCACGAGCAUGUCAACGUCAGCUGGUGCUUCGUCUGCUCAGAAGGAGGUAGUCUGCUGUGUUGCGAGUCAUGUCCUGCGGCGUUUCACCGAGAGUGUCUGAAUAUCGACAUGCCCGAAGGCAGCUGGUACUGCAACGACUGUCGUGCUGGAAAGAAACCGCACUACAAGGAGGUAGUGUGGGUGAAAGUUGGCCGCUACAGAUGGUGGCCGGCAGAGGUUAGCAAUCCCAAAGACAUUCCUGAUAAUAUCCUACGCAUGAGACACGAUGUCGGAGAGUUCCCAGUUCUUUUCUUCGGCUCUAAUGAUUACCUGUGGACUUACCAAGCCCGAGUUUUCCCUUACAUGGAGGGUGAUGCCAACAGUAAAGAGAAAAUGGGAAAGGGGGUUGAUUCUACCUAUAAGAAAGCAUUGGAAGAAGCUGCAGUAAGGUUUAAAGAACUGCAGGCUGAGAAAGAACUGCGGCAGCUGCAGGAGGACAGACGAAAUGACAAGAAACCUCCACCAUACAAACAUAUUAAGGUGAACAAACCAAUUGGCAAAGUGCUGAUCAUCUCAGCAGACCUUUCGGAGAUUCCACGCUGCAAUUGCAAAGCAUCGGAUGAGAACCCCUGCGGUAUGGAUUCGGAGUGCAUCAACCGCAUGCUGCUGUAUGAGUGUCACCCACAGGUGUGUCCCGCAGGUGAGCGCUGCCAGAACCAGUGCUUUACCAAACGACAGUACUGCCAAGUGGAGAUCUUCAGAACGCUCUCUCGAGGCUGGGGGCUGCGCUGUGUGCACGACAUCAAAAAGGGAGGAUUUGUUAACGAAUAUGUUGGAGAGGUGAUUGACGAGGAAGAAUGUCGUGCCCGGAUUAAACAUGCUCAGGAGAACAAUAUUGGCAAUUUCUACAUGCUUACAUUGGACAAGGAUCGAAUUAUUGAUGCCGGGCCCAAGGGAAAUGAAGCUCGUUUUAUGAACCACAGUUGUCAGCCAAACUGCGAGACUCAAAAAUGGACGGUCAACGGAGACACACGUGUUGGGCUUUUUGCGCUUACAGAUGUCCCUGCUGGCACUGAGUUAACAUUCAACUAUAACCUUGAGUGUCUGGGCAAUGGGAAGACAGUGUGCAAGUGUGGUGCAUCUAACUGCAGUGGAUUCCUGGGAGUGAGGCCAAAAAACAACCCCCCAUCAGAUGAUAAAGGCCGUAAACUGAAGAAGAAGUCUCAGAUGAAGCGCAAAUCCCAGCAGGAAGUUAUCAAGGAGCGGGAAGAUGAGUGCUUUAGCUGUGGAGAUGGAGGACAGGUUGUGUCCUGCAAAAGGCCAGGCUGUCCUAAGGUUUACCACGCCGAUUGCCUCAAUCUCACCAAGAGACCUGCAGGCCGUUGGGAGUGUCCUUGGCAUCAGUGUGACUUGUGUGGGCAGGAAGCAGCUUCCUUCUGUGAGAUGUGCCCUAGCUCCUAUUGUGUCGAACAUCGAGACGGCAUGCUUUUUAUAUCCAAACUGGAUGGCCGCUUGUCAUGCAGCGAGCAUGACCCCUGCGGCCCUGAGCCUCUGGAGCCUGGCGAGAUUCGUGAAUAUCCUACGGAACUCAUGACACCAUACCCUAUAAACUUCAUCAGAGCCGGCAAAACCAAAUCCACAACCCUAAACACUAAGACUGUCCCGAAGGAUCCCUCUCCCCCUGAUGUAGCCCCUCAUGCCUCCGUUAGCCCCUCCAGCAGCCCUCCACCACUUGACAUCUCUUUGAACUGUGCAUAUUCACCAAUUUCUUCAUAUGGAGAAGAAAAGGAAGAAGAGGGAGAAAGUUUGGUGCUAUUAGAAAGGGAUGGUGAGAAAAGUGUAACUCAAGAUAACUCGGAACGAUUGAGGAUGAAGAAGAAAACCGAAGUAUGAAGGUUUAAUCUAAUGACCUGAGGUUUACAUUUCCCAAUAGACCUCUUUGUAGCCAUGUUUUCUCACACUACUUUCUCUGAGGGUAUCUGAUGUACAUCAACUUCUCACUGCAACAUACUUGAAGAUGGUUUGCAUCUCCAUUAGUAAUCUCUUGGACGAACAGGACACAGAUUGACAAGGCUGACUCAAACACUGAUUGAACAGGACCCACUUCAUACAGCGUUAUGCGAUAUCAGAUUGUGGCCAAUGUUACAUUUUUCUUGCUACGUCUGGGACUAUAAAAGAUGUUGAACAUCACAAAAACGCAACAGUGAAGAGAAUGAAGAUACAGUAUUUAGGGAAAGGAAUAUAUUUUUCCUUGGAAAUUCCAUUGCCUUCUUUAUUAAGUCAAAUAAUAAUGACUAUAAACUCAUUUACCAAAACUCAUUUGUGCUGUAUAUUUGCUCUGUGAGCAAAUGGUACAGAAUUUAAGCUUAGGGUAAAUUUUACUAUUAAGUGGUUCCUAAAAACUGCCUGGUCAAAAAAAGGCACCAUUUGGGGUUUAAUAUGCUAGUUAUUGCUGUGAUUAAUAUGUUUCUGGCAUGUUAUAAGUUUGGCAACAGUUCUGUUAACCCAAACUGGUACACUGCAUAGCUUUUAAUUUCUUAAACAACCAUGUCGGAAGUUACAAUGGGGGAAAAAAAAUAUUUUAUCCCCUGCUGAUUUUGUAUGUUUGCCCACUGACAAAAAGAUCAGUCUAUAAAUUUAAUGGUAGGUUUAUUUUAACAGUGAGAAACAGAAUAACAACAAAAAAAUCCAGAAAAACGCAUUUCAAAAAAGUUAUAAAUUGAUUUGCAUUUAAAUGAGUGAAAUAAGUAUUUGAUCCCCUAUCAAUCAGCAACUCCCACGUGUCUUUUAUAAAGGUACCGAACUGAGAUUAGGAGGGAGUGCUCCUAAUCUCAGCUUGUUACCUGUAUAAAAGACACCUGUCCACAGAAGCAAUCAAUCAAUCAGAUUCCAAACUUUCUACCAUGGCCAAGACCAAAGAGCUGUCGAAGGAUGUCAGGGACAAGGUUGUAGACCUACACAAGGCUGGAAUGGGCUACAAGACCAUUGCCAAGCAGCUUGUUGAGAAGGUGACAACAGUUGGUGCGAUUAUUUGCAAAUGGAAGAAACAUAAAAUGUUUGUUAAUCCAUGUCGGUCUGGGACUCCAUGGAAGAUCUUACCUCGUGGAGUUUCAGUGAUCAUGAAAACGGUGAGGAAUGAGCCCAGAACUACACGGGAGGAUCUUGUCAAUGAUCUUAAGGCAGCUGGGACCAUAGUCAACAAGAAAACAAUUGGUAAAACACUACGCCAUGAAGGACUGAAAGCCUGCAGCUCCCGCAAGGUCUUCCCGCUGAUUCAGAGGAGAACUAGGUGAAAGUGUUGUAGCCAGGUGAGACCAAAAUCAAGCUCUUUGGGAUCAACUCAACUCGCCAUGUUUGGAGGAGGAGGAAUGCUGCCUAUGACCCCAAGAACACCAUCACCACUGUCAAACAUGGAGGUGGAAACAGUAUGCUUUGGGAGUGUUUUUCUGCUAAGGGGACAGGACAACUGCACCGCGUCAAAGGGACGAUGGACGGGCAAUGUACUGUCAAAUCUUGGGUGAGAUCCUCCUUCCCUCAUUGAAAAUGGAUCAUGGAUGGGUAUUCCAGCGUGACAAUGACCCAAAACACACGGCCAAAGCAACAAAGGAGUAGCUCAAGAGGAAGCACAUUAAGGUCCUGGAGUGGCCUAACCAGUCUCCAGACCUUAAUCCCAUAGAAAAUCUGUGGAGGGAGCUGAAGGUUCGAGUUGCCAAACGUCAGCCUCGAAACCUUAAUGAUUUGGAGAGGAUCUGCAAAUAAGAGUGGGACAGAAUCCUUCCUGAGAUGUGUGCAAACCUUGUGGCCAACUACAAAAAAACGUCUGACCUCUGUGAUUGCCAACAAGGGUUUUGCCGCCAAGUACUAAGUCAUGUUUUGCAAAGGGGUCCAAUACUUAUUUCACUCAUUGAAAUGCAAAUCAAUGUAUAAGUUUUUUGUUGUUAUUCUGUCUCUUACUGUUCAAAUAAACCUACCAUUCAAAUUAUAGACUAAUCAUUUCUUUGUCAGUGGGCAAAUGUACAAAAUCAGCAGGGGAUCAAAUAAUUUUUCCCCCACUGUACACCAAAGACGUGUCACUUGUAUAGUUUUGAGUGGGGAAAAAUGCAACGCUCAUUAUGGCCGCUCUAUUGAAGGAAGCCCCACCCUCUGAGUAAAAGAGCCAAUCACUAAUCGGUAAAGUCAGCGCAUCACUACAGAAGUCCCGGUUGCUACAGAAACAGUCAGUGUUCUGAGACGUGCGUUUAGGACUGUGCAUGCGCACUGGCUGAUCUAGCCUGAAAAACAGGGUUUUUUUUUAAUGCUAUUGGAGCAUAAGGAACAACAUUUAUGAAGCAGAUUUCAUUGGUGAUUUCUACCAUGAAAUUUAAUCAUAAGCUUGGUGAACAGUUUUGGAGAAUUUUAUGUUUUUCCAUUCAAAAAGAUAGGAGCUACAUGUCAUCUCAAAGAUGGCCACCGAGUGAAAUGACUUGUUUUAAAGGGACUUUUGGAUAUGCCCAUGUACAUAUUACUGGAUGACGAUGUCAAGAUUCAUUGUGCCCAAAUUGUGAAAGAUUGGACACCAGUCCUGUGGGGAAAAACGUAACAUGCCAGAAAAAUUUUAAUCACUGCAAUAAUACUUCAAUCUUAAAAUCUAAAAAUCUUAAAAUAUUUGCUUAUUUAAAUCUAGACAGCAACUUUUUUUUGGCCAGGCAGUUUAUUAAAGCCCUUAGUAUACCUCGGUUUUUACGCAAAGGCUAUAUGGAUACAGUGCGUGUCAUGUAAAUUUGAAAUAGUACAGUUUUUAUUGGUUCUAGAAAGAAAUAGUGCAGACACUGGACAAAAAUGAACGUUUUUAGCAUGCAAGUACUGUAUCCCCUGUGUUUGUGUACACUAUCAAA